AUGUCAGAGUACAAGAGACCGAUUUCGCUUAUGGACUUCGAGAUUGCCGUGCACGACCUCUCGGACCAGGAAUUGGCGUCGAUAUUGGAAAAGCUACACGUCUCGAUCUCAAGACUGAUCCAGUCUAACGAGCUCAUGCAGAGUCUUAUGGACAAGGAGAAGAAGAAGAGUGAGGAGACGCACAUCGCAGACGGCGAAGUUGCGGAUGAGGACGACGAGUUUGAUACCCCUACAAAAGACGACAUCAAGAUUUACCGCGACAGCAUAAGCGAGAACGAAGUAGUCAUCGAGAACCAGCGGGCACGGUGUCGGAUCAUUGAGAAUGAGCUCGAGUUGCGGAACUUGCCCAGUAGCCGGCCGCAAGACGCACAGCACUACCGCUCGUUGCAGAACUCAAACGACGUGCCGAUCAGCACCGACAACGAGCAGAUUGCCUUGUAG